AUGUCAAAACAAACUCCAAUAGUUUCAUGGUCACAGAGGAAGGAAUUUAUCAAUUUAAAUGUAGAAAUUACUGAUGCAAAAAAUGUUCAAGUUUCUUUCACUGAUGAGGGUUUAGUACGAGUGAAUGCAAGCAAUUCCGAUGAUAAAGACUUUGAAUUACAAUUGGAAUUAUUUAAUCAAAUUAGAGCUGAGUUGUGUAAAUAUAAAGUGACUGGAAGAAAGAUUGAAUUGAGAAUUGAAAAAUUGGUUGAUGAUGUUGAAUUUUGGCCAAGAUUAACAAAGAGCAAGGAAAAGAAUAGAAAUAUUACUAUUGAUUGGAGUAGAUGGGUUGAUGAUGAGGAUGAAAUUGAAGAUGAGGAAGAACAAGAGGAUGAUGAAUCUAAUUGGAUGAAUCAAAAUCAAUUCCUAAAUAAUAAUAAUCAAUCACUUCCAGAAGAAUAUGAUGAAGAAAAUGAGGAAGAUUACAACGAGGAUGAUGAAGAAAAUGAGGAGGAAGAAAAGAUUCAUGAUGGUGAAUAUGUUUGGUAUGAAAACUUGGAAACUAAAGAUGCACUCUAUCAACAUUUCAUUGACUCUUACAGAUUGAGAGUUGAGGAUGACUAUUCACUUAGAGGCAAGCAAAGAGGUCUCUAUGCUCAAGAAGAUCCAUUACAAGAUUUCAAAAAGUAUCUUGGUAAGGCAAAGGAAAGAAAAGUAUUCCCAGAAUGGUGGACUGAUAAUAAUGAACAAGAAAUGAUUCACAUGGCUCUCAACGAUGAGUGGGCCAACAUUAAGUAUGCAGUAGAGAAACACGACAUUCAAGACAAGUACAAUGCCAUCACUCCUCUCGAACUACGAGCUCUUGCUGAGCUUGUUUUGGAUAAAAAUUAUAGAAACCUUUAA